UUAGGAAUGGCGCCCGAUCAUCAGAAAGCUAUUCUCGUGAGCGAAACCGGAUGGGUCGUUUUGGGUCAAGCAGAGGUGCCGAAGCUUGCUCCUGGCAAGAUACUUGUCAAGAUUAUCGCCGCUGCACAAAACCCUGCUGAUUGGAAGGGCGUUACACUGGGAAGAAAGACAGGCGCCGUUGUCGGAUGCGACUUUGCGGGCACGGUCGAAGAGAUCGGCCCAGGAGUUCCACCCGGCAUCAGAACGGUUGGCGAGCGCGUUGCCGGUUUUGUGCGCACAGCGACGAGCUCAAACGGUGCAUUCGCUGAAUACGUCGCGGCACCUGCUGAAGUGGUGGUUCACGUACCUGACGAGUGGUCCUUUGAGGAUGCUGCUCAGCUAGGCAUCGCACCCUUCACCGCUGCCCAAACUCUCUUCAUCACCCUAAACCUCCCUACACCUCUCUCUCCAACCGCUGAGUCAACGCCCAUCCUCAUUUCGGGCGGUUCCUCCUCGGUUGGCCUCUAUGCCAUUCAACUCGCGAAAUUAUCUGGCCUUCGUGUUAUCGCCACAGCUUCUCCGCGAAACUUCGACUUGUUAAAGUCCUACGGUGCGGAUGAAGUCUAUGACUACCGUGAUCCAGAUGCUGCUCGCAAAAUCAAGGAAUCGACAAGAGGACAGUUAAAGGAAGCAUUAGACUGUAUUGGCGAAGAUAGCACUCCUACGCUCAUUUCUAAUGCUCUGAGCGAUAGCGGCGGUGUUGUCGCUAUCAUCACAAAGUACGAUAGCCCCAGGGCAGGAGUGAAGCUCAUCCGUUCCGUCGUAUUCUCUCUACUCGGCGAGGCGUUUGAUCUACCCUUCACAUUUACGCCGACAGCGAAGGAUAUCGAGCAAGGGAGAAAUAUGACUAAAUUGUUAUCCGAGACAUUGGCUUCUGGUAAGAUCAAACCGAAUCCUGUAUUGGUGCUCCCAGACGGCUUGGCAAGUGUCCCUGAGGGACUGCAAUACAUGAAAGACGGAAAGGCAGUCAGCGCACAGAAGAUCACCUAUCGGAUUUCCGACACACCAACAGGUGAUGUGUAA